AUGUGUCACACUGAUGCACGUUAUGUACUAAUUGUAGGUGGAUUCUUAGUGGCAGAAGUAACCUUUACUUUUUCACUUGGAGUUUGUAUUAUGAGUGACAUUCAACCAGAAGAAUCCAUUGAUCAGUUGAAACCUCCAGUAUCUAGUACUUUAGAUCCUUAUGGUAACGCUCUUGAUUCUGAACGUCAAUCAUUAUUAGACGAAGUGGAAUGGGCAGUACCAAGCUCGGAUGUCCAUGUGCCACCUAGUCAAAAAUUGUGGAAACAACGGUGUACACGUUGCUGUCUGUGCCUCCGGUGCUUUACAUGCAACUUGUUUGGUGGAGCUGGUACUCGCCAUGACAGUAUGUCGGUAGUUGCAAAGGUGUUUUCAAGGUUGUUCUAUGGUAGUCCAGAUCUCGUGAUAUCCGACAUUGUAGCAGGUUUCGUGCUUCUCGCAGCUGUUCAGGCGUAUGAAGAUCAUCAUGAGGUCGUUGCAACGUCACCUUAUCGAGAAGACGACGAAGAAGCGGAGGAAACGCUUGGAAAAAUUCGCGCUAGGAUUCGUGCAAGCAAGCUAAAACUGCUUGGUGACCGAGCUGUAGUCACGGCAACCACGGCUUCAGCGAGUAGUGCAUCCCUUGGAUCGACUGCAUCACAGGCUUCUUCGGUGGAUGGCGACGAUACGGACGGGCUUGUCUCGGUUAGUAUUCCUCCCUCGAUUGAGUGCGAGAAGCAAGAAAGCGCAAGCUUUGACAAGCCAGCCAAACCCUUUUACUACAAUCCGUCAGGUUCACACCUUAAUGACGUGGAGCUGACGAAAAAGUUGGAGGAAUUGGCACACUUUUCGAAAUAUGCGAUUGGCAUCUAUGGCUGGAUGCUUUUUGUGUGGUCUCAUCCAUGGAGCGGUACGUUUGGGCUUGCGUUCUCUUGCCUGCGUCGCAACUUGCGAUGGGUGCAUGGCGACAACUGGUUUCACCUCGGUCAGACCGCAUUGCAGCUUGAAACGAAGAUUCGCAGUGCCGAUAUCGUGUACGCGAGCUUUCGUAAUUCGGUGUACCGUCCAGCUUUUGCAGUGAUGCUGGAUCAUGAACGCAAAGAUGUUGUUGUUGCAAUCCGUGGCACGUUGUCUUUGGAAGACUGUCUCACUGAUGCCAUUGCAUACGGUAUGUCCAUGAACGAUGUGGUUGAUCGGUGGGGGUGUGAUGGCAAGAACGAGUAUGCACAUCAGGGCUUUCUUACGUGUGCUGAGUCGCUGUAUCUAGAGCUCAAUCGUCUUGGUGUUCUCGAAAUGCUCUUUGAUGAUGACUCUACUGUGGCCGUUGCAACGAGCGGGGUCAAUCUGUGCGAACGUGGCGCGUAUCGCGACUAUGGUCUUGUGAUAACUGGUCACUCACUUGGAGCUAGUACAGCAGUACUGUUAUCGAUAAUGCUCCGUCCCAAGUACCCGCAACUUCGUUGCUUUGCAUUCAGCCCUUCGGGUUGCACUGUGUCUCCUGGACUUGCUGCUCAUUGCGCAGCCUUUACGACCUCGGUCGUUGUGGGUGACGACAUCAUUGCUCGGUCAUCAAUUACUUCAGCUGAGGUUUUGCGUGAUAAUGUGCUAGAUUUGAUUGGGAGGAGCAAGGUGAAUAAGGCUGUUAUUUUGCGGCAAGUCAUAUCGUGGCGGAAUCCAGAUGAGCUGCUUCAUAGAAGCUUAGAUGAACGUUCUGCUAUUGACGAUGAUGGAAGCGUAUGUGCAAAAAAGCGCUUGCCAUUCAUAGCGCAUUUGACCAACUAUCGCACGAUGCUGCAGCGUAUCCAGGAAUCGGAACCGAUCCAUGAAUUAACCAUUCCUGGACGUGUGGUGCAUCUCAAGCGCGUUGUCCGUGCCAAAGGGGUGGCUGGGUGCUGGGUUUGUUGUCGCCCUGGAGGUGGUGGUAUGUGCUGCACUGCGCGCACGAACUACCGCUUUGCUUGGGCUGUGGAAGACCAGUUUAAGCAGAUCCGCAUCGGGCGAACUAUGCUAGAUGACCACUUUCCCGACAAAGUACAUCACGUGCUUCAGGACUGCGUGGAGCGCUUGCGAAUGAAUCAGCAUGAAAACGAGACUCAAGUUCUGUAG